AUGCCACCCAAUCCUCCAGAAGAGUUUUCACCUGUGACCGUUACUAGCGUGUAUGCACCUGGAUUAGAAGCUACAACACCUCAAGUUUAUCCUACACCCAAAUUUACCUCAAAAAGACGAGCAACUAAUCCGUAUAACUCUCUUUCGUUUCAAACAUCUAAUAUUAACAACAUGAGGACUACAACGGCAACUACAAAUGGAGUUGUGGCAAAUGGUCCUCGGAUAGAUACAGAGUUUGUAAAGAACGGAUACAGCAGUGGUCAACAAGCAAAACAACAAGGACCAACACGAAAAAGAUCGUUUUCAAAAGAAAGUUAUACAUUACCUUCAGCGGCACCAAAUAUACAUCCAACACCAUAUAUUGAUAGUUUAAAAACUUCCCGAUUUAUUGGGAUGCAAAGUUUAGAUUUUGGAGCACAAUACAAGUCCAACAGUCUUUUAGGGAAAUUACGUCAACAGUAUAAAGAGGUAGAAAAGGUUAAUCCUAUUAUUAAUAAUAUGAUGAAUUCGGCGAAACCAUAUUUAUCCGAGAAAUUAACAUCGCCUUCAGUCAAUAAGGAAUUUUCACUUGUAAACUUUAAAAGAUCCAUAUUUAAUUCAUUAAAAUACGAUACAUUGAAAUUUAUAGUAUAUUGUUUAUUGUGGUAUGCCUCAUCGGCUAUUACCAAUAAUUCUGGUAAACAAUUAUUAAAUCAAUUUAAUUACCCAGUUACUCUCACUUGGGUACAAUUUGGCUUUGUUGGAUUUUAUUGUUACGCUUUUGGACAAGGAAUGGGUUUAACUAGAAUUCGAAGUCCAAGUGUAGGAAUUAUACGUAGAACUUUACCGUUAUGCUUGUUUCAAAUAGGGAGCCAUGUUCUUUCAAGUAUUGCCACGGCUCUAGUUCCCGUCAGCUUCGUCCACACUAUCAAGGCAUUAUCUCCGUUGUUUACAGUGUUCUUUUACAAAUUCGGAUUUGGAGUAAAUUAUUCAUAUCCGGUAUAUGUAUCAUUAAUACCACUUACAAUUGGAGUUAUGCUCGCGUGCGCUUCUUCUUCGGCAUCAAGUUUUAUUGGAUUCUUAUUCGCGUUAACAUCUACUGUAAUUUUUGUUGCACAAAAUAUUUUCUCAAAGAAAAUUCUUUUUAAUGAAAAACAUCCCGGAUUUGAAACACAUAAAUUGGAUAAAUUGAACGUUUUGUUUUACUCAAGUUUAUCGGCAUUUAGUUUAAUGACACCAAUGUGGUUAUAUUAUGAUGGUUUUCAUUUAAUAUUAGAGUACUUUAAUUCAUCUGUAACCAAUACUACAAGUGGAUGGACAAUAUUAUAUUAUUUUUGGCUAAAUGGUACAACUCAUUUUGCUCAAGCAAUUUUAGCGUUAUCAAUUUUAUCGAUGACUUCCCCGGUAACUUAUUCAAUCGCGUCAUUAGUAAAAAGAAUCUUCGUUAUAACCGCAAGUAUAUUAUGGUUUGGACAAAAGACUACUUUUAUCCAAGGUAUUGGUAUAACAUUAACUUUUGUCGGUCUUUAUAUGUAUAAUCAAGCUAAAUUAGAUGUUGAUAAAAAAGAAAGGAAAGCAAGAGAGAGAGAUGAAAUUGUUUUACCUUUAACAAGGUCUACUAUAUGUAUUGGGUGGAUCGUAGCUGAAACUCUCAUUGCUCCAAUGGCUCCUUCAAAAAUACAAGGCGAUGAUUCAGAGCGUGGUAAUGGUGUUGAUGGUGUUUCAAGUACGCCAGGUGGUCUUAAUAUCUCCGCUGUAAAGGCUACCGCUGCUGUUAGUGUAAACAAAACAGAGAGUCAUAUAACCUCGUUUUCUGCCGCUGGGGAUCAUUUUUCAGGUAUCUUAUUUCCAGACAUAGAAACGUUCCGAGAUCGGUUAUGGAUGUUGUUAAUUAGAAUGACGAUUCAUCAAGCAGCACAACAAGGGAAUUUACAUAUUAUUAAAAGUUUAAUUGAAAAUGGAUAUGCUAAGGCUACAGAUAGGGAUUCACAAAAUGUAACAGCUUUACAUUGGGCUGCUAUCAAUAACCAAGUAGUUGUAGCAAAAUAUUUGAUCGAAAGUGGAGCUGAAAUCGAUGCGUUUGGUGGUGAUCUAGUUGCUACUCCUUUACAUUGGGCGACAAGAAAUGGACACCUUCCGAUUGUAACCUUGUUGAUUAAUCAUGGAGCUGAUCCAAACUUACGAGAUUCUCAGGGAUUUAACGGGCUUCACCUUGCAACUCAUUCCUCUAAUACUAUGCUAGUUUUAUACCUAAUAUACCAAGAUAUGGACAUUGAUACACCUGAUACGCUCCAACACACUCCUUUGAUGUGGGCUGCAUAUCAAGGAGAUCCUUUGACACUAGAUUUAUUUAUUAGACUUGGUGCUUCAAUCUCAAAGGUUGAUACUGCACGUUUUACUCCUUUACAUUGGGCUGUUACCAAAGGAAAUCAAAUGUGUUUGAGAAAAUUAAUAGAAGCCGGCGCCGAUAUAAAUGCAAAAGAAGAUAAUGGAAAAUCUCCUGCGGACCUUGCUCGAGAAAUGGGCGCCGAAAAAGUUUGGAAUAGAGCUUUAAGUGAAUCUGGAAGGACAAAGUCAGGGGAUAGAAAGAUAUACUUAUUUGGUCAACGAACAACACACACGAUCAUAUAUCUCAUUCCAUUCCUAGUUCUUUUUUUUGCGUUUCAAAUAUUAACCCAAUAUCCGUGGUUCAUUGGGUUACCUCUAGCAAUUGGACAAUUUAUCGGGUUUCAUAUAUUAAUUGUAAAGGUUCUCAUAACAGCACAUGUACCGGAUGCAAUGAUGAGAACUCCGUAUUUUACGAGUUUAUUUCAAGCAAGUGCUUUUUGGGUUGGUGUGACGUGGCUUUUUAAAAUUUUACUUGCUGUUUUGACAGAUCCAGGAUUUGUUCCAAAAUUGACGGCUCGGGAAGAACAAAAAGAGUUGGUAAUCAACCUUGCAAACAAAGGAAUGUUGGAUGCGAGGCAUUUGUGUAUUACAUGUUUGAUUAAAAAACCUUUGCGUUCUAAGCAUUGUAAAAUAUGUGAUAGAUGUGUUGCACGAUUUGAUCAUCAUUGUCCGUGGAUUUUUAAUUGUAUUGGAGUGAGGAAUCACCGUGCUUUUAUGGUUUUUCUUAUAAUGAUGAUUAUAUCAAUUAUUAGCUAUGAAUAUCUUUGUAUCCAAUAUUUCUUGGGUGCUGAACCUGUAUAUGAUCCAAUCCCAUCUGAACCGUGUUUUUUAAAUGACGCGAUAUGUGGAUUUUUCCAAUAUGACACAUGGACCAUGUCCUUGGGUAUUUGGUUAGCAUUACAAUUCACAUGGACUAUUGGAUUGAUUUGUAUGCAGAGUUAUCAGAUUGCUUCAGCAAAAACCACCAAUGAAAUGGCAAAUUUCCACCGAUAUUCAUAUUUUGGAAAUCGUAGUGGUGGAAAUGUUCGAGAACAAAUUAUGGCCACACUUGCUGCAGGACCUGGAGCAAGUGGAGCCGCACAAGUGGGAGAUCAUGGUGGAGAUGAUUUAACAGCUACUGAAGAUGGAAUGGGUGAGGGAUUUGGCGACCAUGCUCAUCAAAGACAUGGUCAUACUCGAACCCAUCAUAAUCAUCUUGGUAUUUUAAAAUUAUUUGGUGGGAAUAGUCAAAAGCAUUCUCAUACUUAUCAUAGUUCCAAUGGAAAUCCAUUUGAUUUUGGAUGCUGGAACAAUUGUGUGGAUUUUUGGUCACAAGGUCAAGGUGGUAUGUUACAAAAUGUUGACUGGUAUGGACUUUUCGAUGUUCCUCUCGUUGAACGAAGAACUAGUAUGACUUCAAGAACAACUGGCGGAUAUAUGGCUGUGAGAGGCGAAGAAGAAAAUGUAUAA